AUGCAUACACCUUCGGAACCGACAUUGCGGGCGUUCGCCCGGUAUAUCAAAGAGAAUCCGGACGUGUCGGCGGAACAGGCGAUCAAGGUGUUCUUUGCCGAUAAUGAUCGCUCGGAAGAAGAUGAAGAAGAAGAAGAGGCACGGACUCUGUUGACUGCAGAAAGCUGCAUCGCAACAAGACCGCAACAGAUCCCGAAGCACUCGACGAUAAGCCCAACCUACGACUUCCUUCCGCCUACACCCGACUCUUUCUCCGAUGCGGCACCGCCACCACAUCCAGCAGCAAGGCCGUGGUCGCCGGCCCUCGAGAAUUAUCUUGGCCAGCCCCUGGCAAACGAUCCGAUAUAUCUCCCGGAAGAAUGCCAACCCUCGGAGGCGAAGAUUCGGAGUGCACCCAAUAUCCAGUAUGACGCCUCGUAUCUCUGGGAGUCGUCAACGUUCACUCUCGGCUCGACGACAACGGCCACGAUGGAACAGCAUUUCGAUGCUCCUCCCUCUUUCGAGUUGGCCACAUUCCUCAACACGGCCACAAGCAGGAACUCAAAUGGAUCCACCGGAAUGACGGGUGCGUUCGAUUCGGCAUGUUUUGAGACACAACACGGUGAAAAUUCCUCGUACGGCGAGCACGACGACAUUGCCAUCUCCGGAAUCGGCCAUGGAUUCGAGGAUUUCGAGUACAGCUCGCCACCCAUCGUACUGUCCACUUCUACCAAGCGAAGUGCAGCGGUUUCGGUUCAGGAGCUUCAUCAAGCGGAAGCGGAGAAGGCUCUCACCAGCAGUUUGAAGUGUCAGACCAAAGCAGCGAAACGGGUUUCUACCGGACGAUCAAAAGACCAAGGUCAGGACCAACCCCCGAGCAACCAACGGACCAAGCCCCAGCAACGGGGCAACUCGCAAACCCGAACAGGCAGUUCAACCUGGGGGAGAGGCGUCUACGUCCGGCCUAGACACCCCCGAGUCCUCUGCCCACUGUGUCCCGACGGACACAACGGAUUUCGAGGGGACCAUGAAUACCGACGCCACUUCGAACGUAUUCAUGCCCGGAAGAAGAGAGUGUGGGUGGUACGGGAUAGAUCGGGUAGCGGACUCCUCUCGAGAUGCAAGGCGUGUACGACCGACCGACACUACGGCGUCGACUACAACGCCACCGCACAUCUCAAAAGGCAGCACUUCAACCCGGAGAAGACACCAGGUGUAGUCGUUCCCGACAACAUUCGCGAUUGGAUCGAGGCUAUUGAGGUUGAGGUCGAUGGGGAGGCACGGAAAAGAGGAGGAAAGAAGAACAAAGGCCAAGCGGAAAAGGAAAAGGAAAGGCAGUCGCUCGAGAGUUCGGAAAGAGAGGGAGAGGUGGAGCAAGACUCUGCAGAAGGCGAACAGCCGAAAUGGGAAGAAGAGGAAGAGGAGGAGGAGGAAGAGGAAGAGGAAGAGGAAGGGUACGAAGUAACGUCGAGCACAGAUCAAGGAGGUGUCGCGACCAAGCCUGUUGCGUCAUACGUUCAGCAACUUGCCGCUAGUCGCGAGGAUAAGCUCAGGAAAGCUAGUCAGCUCUCCACUGAAGCCGUGCUGUCUGGCAUUUCCGACAAUUGGAUGCAAUUCGACGAGCACUUUGCGUUUGCAGGAAAGACAGCACGGGGCACCGAUGGUACAACCGUCGAGGUCUCUCAACACACAAUCAGCCAUGCGGCGGUAUCUGCUUCUGGCUCGACGAUGUUUAACAGCACAUCGCCGGAUUUAUACCCUUUCCACCGGCAUCUUCUUCAAGACCACCGACUUCCACAUGACUUUUCUGUUGGGGUUGGUGGCAGCACUGUGUCGCCGUCGGAUCUUUACAUGACUCCACUAAGCGACAGUCCUUUCUAA